UUUUUUUAGUUUUCGUUUCGCAAGCCUGGGGGACAGUUCAUUUCAAACAACUCCGAAAAAUAUUUUCGUCCAAAAUGGGGGGGCGGAUAUAUCCUCUAGUGUUUUUCAUCGUCGUGUCUUCUAUAUCUGAAGUACUGUGUAAUGGAAAUGGUAGUUUAACCUUCGUCAUAGACGCCACAGGAUCCAUGUAUAACGAUAUAGAUCAAGUAAAGGCAAGCAUGAACCAAAUCAUGGAUACUGUGUUCAAUGAAAAGUCAAGCUUAAUUGACAAUAUGGUUCUGGUCACGUUCAACGAUCCAGAUGCCGAAGUAAGAGUUAAUACAAGAAAUCGCUACCAAUAUAAGAGGAUACUGGACGAAGUUGAGGCUCACAACAUUAUUAACAAUGACUGUUGGGAGCCAGCGAUGAAUGGAGUACUCCUUGGAUUGAAUGAAAGUAAUCGCGAUUCCUACAUGUAUGUGUUCACCGAUGCACCCGCCAGAGACUAUAAAGAUGCACCCCGUGUCAUAGAACUCUGCCAGAGAAAACAGAUUCAGAUAGUUUUCGUGCUUACUGGAAACUGUUUUGGACAUUACGGAGUUGAAGCUUCAAAUGUAUUCUUUGAAAUAGCGAAGGCAUGUUCGGGACUCGCGUUCGAGAUUGAUAAAAGCCAAGUUUCUGAGGUGCUUGGACCUAUUAAAGAACUUAUAAAAGGCAAUAAAAGUAUUUUUGUAUCGACAACCAUAGAAGCCAAUGUUUAUAAAAAUAUCACAUUCAGAAUAGAUACCCACACUGACAACGCCAUAAUUUCUGUAUCUGGUAAAAUACCAUAUCUGGAAAUAAAUGGACCUGGGGUUCAAUUAGAAGACCUGAUGCGAAAUGAUAAUGGAAUGGUGGUUAAACUUAACAACAUCAGACCUGGCGAAUACGUGGCUACUGUGGGUAGUAAGUCGAGAACAUCUAUCAUCAUUGUGGGCAGAACCGAUUUCUUUUUCACUCCUGGCUUUUCUGAGUCAAUGCCCAAGUCAGCAAAGGACGUAACGCCUCAGCCCAUCGCUGAUACGAAAGUUCAUCUAUCUGCAUCCGUCAUCGAUGAACAUAAUUCUGUGCAAAUAGUAACAGCGGAGAUUGUACAAAUGAACGACCAAGUCAUACAAACGCUUCCUUUAAUCAAGGUUUCGAAAGAUUUUUACGUGACACAGCCAUUUGUGGCUCCGUCGCAAAUGUUCAAAGUAGUUGUGAACGGUAUGGUGAAAGCAACGGGAUUGCCCAUAAAAAGGUUCGCCAAACUUCCAGUUAUUUCGAUACCACAACCAAGAAGGCGACCUACUGCAGUUAUAACACAAGGCACAUCACUACAAUACGACUAUAAUGAUGAAGUGAAGUUAACUUGUAAAGUUGAGGCGCACCCAGAACCCAAAAUCACAUGGGUUAACAGCAAAGGAUUUAUAAUCCAAUCGACGACGUCACGUACAGACGUACCCUAUGAAUACAUUAGUGAUAUAAAAACACAGGUCUCUAAAAGUGAUAAAUUCAUUUGCUAUGCCGAGAACAACGAAGGGAAAUCCUCAGCCUCUGCAACAGUCACAGUUAGGGAUCCUUUUGUUGUGAAUGAAAUUCCAUCAGGGACGACAAAUGCCAUUAAUGUAAGACUAGUUGUAGGAAAUCCUACCAUAGAUGACUCUUAUUCAUGCACUUGUGUAGCAAAUAAUGACGUCGGUUCAGUCAGCGGGAUAUUCAAACCCUACGUCCGACACACAGCUGUCGGGGCAUAGUGGGCAGCAUAGAAGGUGCCGCAUGGUUUGUGGUAUGGCACCACACCCGCAGCUAUUGUCGUCAGUGUAGCCCCACUUACAUAGGUUAAUAUACACCUAAAACUAUUAUAUUUAAGAAUAUAUUAUAUUUCUGUUAUUUAUUUUAUUAUGUGUUAUUAUUGUGAUAAGGUUAAGUCACUUAAAUUGCGGAGAAGUUUAUUUUUGUUUUUUUCUCAUUACUUCUUUACUACGUAAUGUAUAAUGUAAUAAAUUAAUGAUAAAGUA